AUGAAGACUUUGACCUCAAAACAUGAGGAGAGAGUGAUUCAUUCUCAGGACUCAGCCCCUGCCCAGGAAGGAGAGGAGAAGACCAAGUUUCAGGAGUCACUGACAUUCAAGGACGUGGCUGUGGUCUUCACCAAGGAGGAGCUGGAACUGCUGGACUCGGCCCAGAGGAGGCUGUACCGAGACGUGAUGCUGGAGAACUUCAGGAACCUGGUCUCUGCAGGAGACAUGAAUGAAGAGGACAUAGAGUGCAUUCAAGAAAAUGAAUUAAAAGUCCUUUUACACAAAGAGCUGUCCUACUGGAAAGUCUGGGAACAGGUGACUGGUGAAUUAACUGGGAGUCAGGACCAUCAAGUAAAUCUUCGAGGGAGAGAUUUCCAGUUUUCAGAAGAUGCUUCUUGCUGUCAAGGGUCAGAAGGCAAAUCUAUUCAGGGUUUUCAAGUUGAGAAUCUGGUGGACGGUCUUCAAGGGAAGAGUGUCAUCAAUGUAGUGAGUCAAGAGUUUCCCACCUGGAAAGUUGUGAGCCCGCUCCCCAUUCAGGAGUCUUGGGCUCUUGUGAACGAGCCUUGGAAUGUUCAAAGAAGUGGUAAGAAAAUCGAAACAGAAGCUGCACUGUAUAAAUGUGAUUGGGGUGAGUAUGGCUUCAGCUGGAUGUCACAUCACCACGGUGAUCGCGGACUACCUGAGGGAGAGAAACCUUAUGAAUGUGAAGAGUAUCGAAGACACUGCAUUGACGAGGGAAUACUUUAUCACCCUAACUCUAGUGAGAAUGUCUUUAAAGGUAAGGAAGGUGGGAAAGGCUUCAGGGAUGUUUCAAACCUCCCCACUCAUCCACAAGUGCACUUGGAAGAGAAACCGUAUGAAUACAAAGACAUGAUGCAUCAAAACAUCCCCUUAAAAGGGGUAUCAUCUACAAGUGUUGAGAGUGGUCAGAGAGCAAAGCAAAGUAUUGACCCUCUCAAAGUCUACAGAGGAGAGAAUGCCUGCACAUUCAGUGAGUAUGGCAAAGGGUUCUGUACCAGAUCCACACUGCUUAAGGAGCAGCACAUCCACCCAGGAGAAAAACCUAAUAGCUGUAUUGAGUAUGGAAAGGAAUUGGUUUGUAGUUCAUAUCUUAGCAGUUACCAGAAAACGCAAACGAGAGAGAAGCCCUAUCAAUGUGAUGAGUGUGGUAAAAGUUUCCGCUACAACUCCUACCUUCAAGCUCAUCAACGAGUUCACACAGGGCAGCGCCUCUAUGAGUGUGAUGUGUGUGGUGAGAGUUUCAGUUACAGUGCGGGGCUUCUCAUGCAUCAGAGACUGCACACAGGAGAGAAACCCUUCAGAUGUGAGUGUGGGAAGAGCUUUGGCCGAAGCUGGGACCUCCAGGUCCAUCAGAGGGUCCACACAGGAGAGAAACCCUAUACUUGUGUCGAGUGUGGGAAAAGCUUCUGGAGGAUCUCAGACCUUCAUAGUCACAAGAAAGUCCACACUGGGGAGAGGCCCUAUGUAUGUGAUGUGUGUGGAAAAGGCUUUAUCUUCAGCUCUGACCUCCUCAUUCAUCAGAGAGCCCACACAGGAGAGAAACCCUAUAAAUGUGCUGAGUGUGGCAAAGGCUUCAGUUACAGCUCAGUACUUCUCAUUCAUCAGAGGGUCCACACAGGCGAGAAACCUUAUAAGUGUGAAGAGUGUGGUAAGGGCUUUAGGUGCACCUCAAAUCUUCACAAACAUCAGCGAGUCCACACAGGAAAGAAACCCUAUACAUGUGAUGAGUGUGGCAAGGUUUUCAGUUACAGCUCAAAUCUUCGCACCCAUCAGAGAUUACACACGGGAGAGAAACCCUACACGUGUGUCGAGUGUGGAAAAGGCUUCAGAUUUGGCUCUGGUCUCCUGAGCCAUAAGAGAGUGCACACCGGAGAGAAACCAUAUACAUGUGAUGUAUGUGGGAAAAGCUACAGUCAGAGCUCCCAUCUUCAAGGUCAUCAGAGGGUCCACACUGGAGAGAAGCCCUAUAGGUGUGAAGAAUGUGGGAAGGGCUUUAGUCAAAGUUCUUCUCUUCAAGUUCAUCAGAGAGUCCACACAGGCGAGAGGCCCUAUAAGUGUGAGGAAUGUGGGAAAGGCUAUAGUCAAAGUGCACGUCUGCGAAAUCAUCAGAGAGUGCAUUUUAAGUGA